CACCCACCUUCGCAACCACAACCACCACUAUGUCCCGAUUCGUCCGAGCCUCAAAAUACCGUCACGUCUUUGGACAAUCGGGAAAAAAGGACCACGGCUUCGAAAACGUCAAGGUAACUGGUAGCGCCUGGGAUGCGAACGUUAUCUCUGCAUCUGCGGAAUACAUCUCUGUCAAUUGGAAUGCAUCUGGAGGAGGAGCAUUUGCUAUUCUCCCACUUCCAUCCCCUUUCGUUGCACAUCCUUCUCUCCCGUAUAAACUCCCCGAUUCGCUCCCCCUCGCCCGCUCGCAUACUGCGCCAGUCCUAGACACAGAAUGGUCCCCCCACGACGACUCUCUCGUCGCCUCUGCAGGCGAAGAUGGCAACGUCAUGAUAUGGAAAGUAUCUGCGGACGUGUUUGAGGGGUGGGGCGCCGAGGGAUGGGUACCGAAGGAUUUUGAACCCGUAUGGAGAAUCGACGCCAGUCCGCGUAAAGUAGGUCAGGUUCUCUUCCAUCCGACGGCAGAGAACGUGCUCGCGAGCGCGUCGGGGGAGCAUCUUGUGAAACUGUGGGACCUCGCGAGGACGGAGGAUCCGCAGCUGGUGUUGUACGGACAUACGGAUACGAUCCAAAGCAUCGCGUUCAGCGCUACGGGAACGUUCCUGGCGACGACGUGCAAAGAUCGGAAGCUGAGGAUAUUUGAUUCUCGAGCGGGCGGCGAUGCGGUCAGGGCUGUAGAUGGACACGGCGGUAUGAAGGGCGCGAGGGUUACGUGGAUGGGAGAUCUAGGCAAGAUAGCGACGACGGGGUUCAGUAAAAUGAGCGAGAGGCAGGUCGGUAUAUGGGAUGUCGGCCAGGGACUCGCGAACGAGAAGACGAUGGCCCUAGACCAGAGCGCCGGUGUGGUCAUGCCAUUCUGGUCUGACAACAAUAUCCUGUUCCUUGCUGGUAAAGGAGAUGGAAACAUCCGUUACUACGAAUACGAAUCUUCUUCCCUGUAUGCGCUAUCGGAGUACAAAUCGUCGGAACCGCAGCGAGGGAUGUGUUUCCUCCCGCGACGAGCACUGAACAUUGGCGAAUGCGAAAUCGCGCGAGCGUACAAGGUGCAUGCAUCGUCGAUCGAGCCUAUCGCGUUCAUCGUCCCCCGCAAGGCCGAUUCGUUCCAGUCGGAUAUCUACCCUCCAGCGCCAGCCAAAGAGCCAUCGGUUACUGCGAGCGAGUACUUUUCGGGACGGGGAGAGGUGAAGAGGAAGUUUGUAGACCUGGAGACGGGAAAGACGGUGACGAGCUCGGGUGGUGCUAGUCCUGUGCCGACAAAGACGGCUACUGCCCCUAUCCCUGCUCCAGCAUUAAUCGCCCCGUCGUUCUCUCAACCUGCUUCUGCGUCCACUCCGACAGCGCCGCCGAUGACCACUUCCAGGUCGUACUCUCAACCGGAGCCUACGCCGGUGAGGAAGGAGAUCACACCUCCUGCUUCAGUUAAGAUUCCCGCUCCUGCAUCACCUGUAGACGAUACCGAAAAUGCCCAGCUCAAAGCUGAGCUUCGCGAGGCGAGGGAGAAGAUUCGUAAUCUAGAGUUGCAGUUGGAGGCGACGAAGGCUAAUGCGAAAAAGGCGGCGGAGGCGUUGUUGAAUGUGUGAAGUACUUAGUUGUAGACACGGUGGGAUUUUGGUAUUUAUUCUGGUUAUCGAGGCAUACACAGCCACAUACCACUUUGGCAAUUUUGCAAAACCCCUUUUCCUUUCCUCCACCAA